AUGGUGUGCCUGUUGUUAUUACCACUACGGAUCGCGACAGCCAAUAAUUAUGAGGACCUAAUAACACCUAACGAAACUCAUCUGGAAGGGGUGCCGCGAAUUAUUAGGCAACCAAAACCACUAUAUUACACUAUGAAAAAUCAUCCGGCCAUUGUGGACUGCGUCGCCGAACCCGUUUCGUAUGUGGUAGUAGAAUGUGCCGAGCAGCUGAUUCCGUAUGGAGGACCGGAUGCGUCUGGAAGGUUGAAGGUAACACGAUUGAACUCAGCAAAUCGCCCUGAUCCCGACGGAUUGCGAUGGCGUAUCGAGAUACAAAUACACGCUAAGGAAGUGGAGGAGUGGUUUGACUCGUAUGCUUGUCAUUUUGAGGUGUGGAAUGGAGUACCGUUUCUGAAAAGACCAAAGAAAAUUGUAAGCCAAACGGCAGUCAUCACGGAGGCAUAUUUGAAAAGAAACUUCAAGUUGAGGCCUAUUUCGACCACAAUAAUGCUUGGACAGCGUUUAGAAAUGGUUUGCUCUCCUCCUGAAGGUCGGCCAGAGCCAGAGGUGUACUGGAUAAAAGACGGAAUAAGAAUCAGUCUUCUACUUUUUCCGCAAAUUCAAAUCGACGAUGCAAAUAAGCUGACUAUUGGAGACAUCAAGAAUUCGGAUAGUGGCAACUACACUUGCGUGGCUGAUUUACUUCGACUGGAGUUUCGCUAUGCACAUGCUAUAGUUAAAGUUCUAGAGCCCGUCGAAAGGAAGAUCAGCGAACCUCAGACACACUACGGUUGGAUGCACGCACAAGAAGCUACGUUAUGCGCCACCCUUCUCUCAGCGGUUACGGUCGUACUUCUUGUAUUGUUUGUGGUACUCGCUGCCAGAACAAAAAUUCAAAAAUGUUCAGCCAAGUACUGGCAUAUCAAUCCUUUCUGUGCUUUGAAUCCACAUGACAAGGGAGAUUACAAGCCGGCGUCAAUGAAUGGCAGAGAAAAGACGCGUUAUUCAACGAAGGUUCGUUCUCCUGGGACAACUCACAGCAUCAAAACUCACGUCAAAAACAAGUAUACGGAGAGACACACAGCCAAUAAACCAGAUCCAGUUUCCGGGAUUUACGAGACGCUAGAAUACAACGAGGUCGUUAUUAGACACGCCCUAAUAUAUUCAAAUCCCUUCCAUGGAUAUGGGUCCUACCCAGUUACCACAUCAUCGCAGCUCCCGUCAACUUCGGUGAUUCCUCCAUAUAGCCACCUAAGUAUUUCCAGGUUGGCGAACUGUAAUCCACAUUUUGGCCACCCCUUCUUUGAGCUGAAAAUUGACUUGCCCAUUACUGGUGCCAAUUUUUACUCCACCAACACCAUCAAAACACAUUACGAACACGUGAAUCAUGCAGAUUUCCGUUCGAGCACUGAAAGACUUUACGACAACUCGGAUCAAAAUCAAACGUUUGUAAAACCUGCUGUACACUCCUCUGUCUACGCCUUGGUACCUCAUGAAAAGACCCCGAGUGAGAAUUGCCUGUCUCCCUCCAGCUCACGCACAACUCCGAGUUCUUCACUUAGAGGGAAUGGAUUCAGAGUUCCCGUACGCGCAGACUGCAAUUCUAUCAUGUACGACACCGAGUCAUAA